AUGACGGACACAAUACCUGCAUGUUACAACGUAUCUAUAGUUAAUCCUAAUCAAUUUUGGAAAACCGAUAAAGUUUUGAAAACAGAGCUCCCUAUUCUGGCAUUUCAAAUUGCUUUUGUUGCUGUGUUAUCUCGUCUCUUUUCCAUAAUCUACAAACCUCUGCAUCAAACUCGUCUCAUUUCACAAAUCUCUGUUGGUUUUCUACUGACACCGCCAUUACUUGGAAGAUUCACGACAAUUUUUGAGUUCAUUUUUCCGGUAAAUGGGGUCGUCAAUGUCGAGGUCCUUUCUCACAUUGGUCUCAUUUAUUAUGCAUUCCUUAGUGGAUUGGAGAUGAACUUAAAUACCAUUCUAAAUGUGAACAAGAAGGCUGCAAGCAUCGCAAUUGCUGGGAUCGUUUUUCCCAUACUCGUUGCACCAUGCUUAUAUGCUUUGUUUCGAAACGUUUAUGGACAUGUUAUGAUGUUUCCCCUUGAGGAAAGUACAAGUAAUGCUUAUAUGAUUUGGACUUUAAUUCUCACUGUUACAGGUUUUCCUGUGGUAGCACACACACUUUCUGAGCUUAAGCUCCUUUAUACUGGUCUUGGUAAAGCAGCUUUAACAGCAGCCAUGAUUGGUGACACCUAUGGUUGGAUUCUUUUCACUUUAUUUGUUCCAUUUUCAAUUAAUGGUAAAGGAGCUAUCUACACUGUGUUAUCCACGAUAACAUUCGUUGUUGUGUGCAUCUUUGUGGUACGUCCACUCAUUCAAUGGUUUAUUGAUCACAAAGAAGACAAAGAUGAAUGGAGUGAUAACCAAUUGCUCUUUAUUUUCAUGGGGGUUUUAGCCUGUUCAUGUAUUUCAGAUUUUCUUGGUGCACAUGCCAUUGUUGGGGCUUUUGUUUUUGGAUUAAUUUUACCACAUGGGAAAUUUGCUGAACUGGUCAUGUCCAUUUCAGAUGAUUUUGUUAGCGGCUUUUUAGUACCUCUCUUCUUUACUGGAACUGGGAUGAGACUUAUGUUGAUCGCAAUUUUCUCCCAAGAAAGUUGGCCCUUUACAAUUGUGAUUAUACUCUUGUUGUGUGCUCUAAAGAUUUUAAGCACUUUAUUUGUCACAUUUUUCUUCGGUAUGCGUAUUCGAGAUGGUUUGAGCUUGGGCUUGAUUUUGAAUAAUAAAGGCACCAUGGCAUUAAUAAUGUUGAACAUUGCUUGGGAUAGAGCGAUAUUUUCUAUACCUACCUAUGCUGUUAUAACUUCCGCUGUUCUAUUGAUGACUAUAGUUGUGUCUCCCAUCAUCAAUGUCGUCUACAAACCAAGACAAAUAUUUGAACAGAACAAGCUAAAGACCAUACAAAAACUAAGAAUUGAUGCAGAGCUCCGAUUUAUAGCAUGUGUUCAUAAUACUCGCCAAGCUGCAAGCAUGAUUAGCAUAAUUGAAUGUUUUAAUGCCACGAGAGUUUCCCCUGUGCAUGUUUUUGCCUUGUACCUUGUCGAACUUACUGGACGUGCUGCUGCCCUAGUUGCUGCACAUAUAGGGAAGCAUAGGAGCCAACUCGGAGAACAAAACCUGACCAGGUCACAAGAAGAGUUAGAAAGCAUUCAAAACACAUUUGAUGCACUUGGAGAGGCAUAUGAUGCAGUUAGAGUUGAGACCUUAAAUGUGGUGUCAGCAUAUACAACUAUUCAUGAGGACAUAUACCACUCAGCAGAUGAGAACCGCACAAGCUUAAUCCUUCUUCCAUUUCACAAACAAUUAAGUUUAGAAGGUACUCUAGAAGUAACCAAUGUUUCAUACAAAGAUAUAAACCAAAAUGUAAUGCACGGUGCUCCCUGCUCCGUGGGAAUAUUUGUUGAUCGUGAUUUUGGGUUAGUUCCAAAAAUGAACCUUCAUAUUUGUGUGAUCUUUGUUGGGGGCCCUGAUGACCGUGAAGCCUUGGCUAUUGCAUGGAGGAUGGCAGGACGUUCAGGAACACAACUUUCAGUGGUUCGAAUUCUUCUGUUGGGUGACGCAGCAAAAGUAGAUGCUUCAAUUCAUGAUGAAGCACAAGGGAUAUUAACUGCAGUAAUAGAUACAGACAGGCAAAAGGAGUUAGAUGAAGAGUAUAUAAGCACAUUCAGACUUACAGCGGUUAACAAUAGCGAGUCAAUAUCCUACUCAGAGAUUGAUGUUCAUGGUGGUGAAAAUAUUCCUACAGUCCUCAAUGAGAUAGACAAAUUUGGUUAUGAUAUUUACAUAGUUGGUCAAGGAAAUUGUAGGAACUCUAAGGUCUUCUCAAAUUUGAUGGAGUGGUGUGAUUGCUUAGAACUUGGAGUUAUAGGAGACAUUUUGGUGUCAAAUAAUUUUGGUUCACGCUCGUCUGUGCUAGUUGUUCAACAAUAUGGAUAUGGAGGAAUGGUUUUUGAAAAUAAUCUUAACCAGAAGGCCACUAACAAAAGCACGAUUGAGUCUCUUGUUUGA